GUCCUUGGGCGCGGGUAUUAGGACACCUUCGACGAACUAGCCGGAGUCAUCAUCCAAGGACAACGAAGAUGAACACCGUCCAGAGUACGGGCCAUGCGACCGUUCGGAACAAGAAGGACUCGCAGUUCGAGGAAUUAACUGUCUCUUCCUCGGAAAAAAGAAAUUGGAGAGGAAUUUUUAUUGCGCUUUUAGUGAUUGCUGCCGUAUUGGGGCUAAUUGUGUUUUCCAUUCUACUUCUAUCACCAGAAAUCGAAAGCUCGAAGCUACACGGACGUCGCAUAUCGCUGUACGAUAUCAAAUCGGGCCGGUAUGAGUGGAACACGCAGAACGGUUCCUGGAUCAAUCGGUACGAGUAUGUGUUCAUCAACUCGGAAGGUGGGCUAACGGCGCUGCAAAUCACCCACGACGGUGGUUUCCGGUUCGAGGUUCUCAUGAACAAUGCCACCUUCCGGCAGCUCAACGUUGACAGCUACGAUGUGUCACCGGACAGGAACUUUGUACUGCUGUACGCCUCGAACGGUAACACGCAGCGGUACAACCGCAGCUACUACGUCUACGACCUAACCUCGUCGAACGUGUUCUCGCUGUCGGCGAAGGAAUUGGACACGACGGCACCACAACUACAGCACGUCCUGUGGGCACCGGUAGCCACGAACGGAUCCAGUUUCGGUGGCGAUAAGACGGCCUCACAUCAAUCGUCUGGCUCGUCCUCGUCGUCCGGUUCGUCGGGACCUAGCACCGGCACAUCCUCCCAGGGCAUUGCGUACGUGCAUCAGGGUGACAUUUACUAUAAACCGCGCGUGCAAUACGAUCUUAUCUGUCGCAUCACCACCAGCGGACGGGACGGCCCAGUACUGAACGGUGUGCCCGAUUGGCUCUACUCGAACGUGCUCGAGCUAAAGGGACCGUCACUACUCUUCUCACCCGACGGCCAGUAUCUAUCCUUUCUGUCCUUCAACCUAUCCAGCGUGCAGGAGUAUCAGUAUCUCUGGUACGGUGAUGGACAGCAGUAUCCUAAGAUACAUAGCCUCCGCUACCCGAAGGUACAUUCGGCGAACCCGAACGUGACGGUGUACGUGGUGCAUCUGGGCGUGCUGAAGUACAUCUUCCCGAAACCGGUCAACGUACCGGCCUAUAUACGGGCGACCGACAGCUACGUCGGUGGGCUGAGCUGGCUCUCGUCGACGGAACUGUCGGUGACGUAUGCUAGCCGCAAUCAGAGCGUAUCACACGUACUGCUCUGUCGGGCACCAACGUUUACCUGUGUCGAGAUAUUCCAAGAAAAGGCGGUCGCCAACUCGUGGGUCUUAAUUGGCGAAACACCACUCUUCAUACGGCGUCCAACAUCAGCCCUGGACAGUUUCGCUGCCGAUGCACCUCAGCCUGCACCAGCAGCAACACCUGUAACGACGUCUACAACGACAGCACCACCACCACCACCACCGACCACACCGCCACCACCGACGAUGCCCCGCCAUCUUUACAUGCUGAAGCGGUUGAAUGUGCGUGACGGUUCGCAUGGCUACUAUCGCCAUCUCGUGCUGGUUCUGCUUGGUACCAAGCGCACCAUCACCCUCACGAUGGGCCAGUUCGAGGUGACGGAAAUCGUUGGGUACGAUGAGCGACGCGGACUCGUUUACUUCAUGGCAGCCCCGUACCAUAAGCCGGGCCAGCGCCAUCUUUACAAAAUACCGCUCGGGCUGGAGCAGAUGGCAUCGAUGACGGGUGGCAGCAGUGGUACAUCGGGCGGGUCUGGCACAGCUUUCGACUCUGUCGCGGACAGUAACCGGCCGGGACACAAUGCGAGCGAUGUACUGCUGCUGCGCCCGUUCGGAUCGGCGGUCCCGUACUGUGUGACUUGUGGACGGGGCCCGUCGGACGGUAGCGACGGUGACGGCGGUUCGGACCCAUCGGCCAAACGGCCCAACAACUGUCUGUUUAAUCGCGUCUCGUUCAACGACGACUACACGUACUUCGUGCAGGAAUGUCUCGGACCGGAGUCACCGUCCACGUACCUGGUGGAGGCCGGCUCGGAGCGGAAGGUGCGCGUACUGAACGAUGGUAACGAGCUGCGCGAACAACUGGUCCAGCUUGCCAAGCCGCAGAUAAUGACGUUCAGCGUUCAGAUCAAGUACGAUUUUAACGCGCAGGUAAAGCUGUUUCUGCCGCCCGGCGUGAAGGAGGAUGACGAUCUGCAGCUGCCGCUAAUAUUGCACAUUGAGGCUGGUCCGGAACGGCAGCUAGUGUCGGAGGAGUACAGUGUCGACUGGAAUUGGUACCUCAGCAGCCACCAGUCGUACAUUAUUGCGCAGAUCGAUGCGAGGGGGUCCGGAUUUCAGGGCGAAUCGUUAAAAACGCAAAUUCGUGGCCGCGUUGGUAUCGAGGUCGAGGAUCAGUUGGCUGUGCUGAUGUAUUUGCGGGAUAAUUUGAAGUUAGUGGAUCCUAAUCGCAUCUGUGUUUAUGGUAAGGGCUAUGGUGGAUAUAUCGCGAUGCAAAUGCUUGCUACCGAUGCGAACCAGGUACUGAAGUGUGUUGCCGCCAUCUCCCCAAUCGUAUCGUUCCGCUACUACAAUUCCUUCUUCACCGAGCGGUACGUGCUGCAGCAGGACGACACCGAGCGGUCACUGAUCGAGUCGGACCUGUCGACGAAGGUCGCCAGCCUGGCGUCCAAGAACUUCCUGCUCAUCCACAGCACGGCCGAUUGUGUUGUGCACGAGCAGCAUGCCGCACUGCUCACCCGUUCGCUCGUCAAUCGGGGUAUUAUCUUCCGGCAUCAGAUGUACGUCGACGAAGAUCACGAGUAUCGGAGCGUGUCCGAGCAUCUGUACCACACGAUCGAAACGUACAUUGAGGAGAACUUCGGCAACGAUAACCAGGACUGGACGUCAGCAUUCUUCCUGUCUAAAACGUAGUUCUUCCCAG